AAAUACCACCCCAUCUUAAAGCUUUUAAAAUUAUAAAAUGUUAUUAUUAUUAUUAUUUUUGUAAAUAUAAAACAGAACUGAUCUACUUUAGACUGAUCUACGUUUUUGUUGUUGCGUGACUUAAGUCUGCACUGGACAGGUAUCUCAUCAAUAAUAAUUUGCCCGUUUUGUUGUAUUGUAAUAAAAAAAAAUGAAAAUUAAAACACCUUUUGCUUUAAUUUCAAAUGUCUGAUGCCCAGGAAGGUGAGUCUUAAGCAUGACAUCUGCACGUAUUUUGUAUUUUUUGUUACAAUUUACAAUUCGAGGAUAUUAUUACCAUACAGUAGGAAAAUGUAUAUGAUUAAUAUGAAACCGCUCCAUUAUUAUUAUUUUUUUAUUCCUGCAUAUGAUGCUAUAAGCAUUAAUAUGAUUGUUGCCCUUCAUAUCUCAUCGUAAGAUCUGAUUUUAAGCAGUUUUAUGAUUUUGCAGAUGGGUGAGUAUAUCUCUUUAAGAAAUCUCACGCGGAACCCGGAAGUUGUACUCAUGCCCAGUGCAGAGCAUCUUCGCCGCGAAAUGUUAUUGUUGUCAUACAAUAACUAAUGUUCAUUUGCACUGUUCCUCUUCCUUAACACCUGAACCAUGAACAGGUCACAACCCAAACGCUCCAAAAUAUUAAGAAUGGCUCUCUCGGACUCCACUCGGUCGGGAAAAGACGAGUCCUUUAUCCUGAGAGCGACUAAGAUUGCUGUGGUUGUGGCUCUUUACUGGUUCAUCUCGAUUUCUAUGGUUUUCCUGAACAACUUCCUGUUAGACAGCAAGGAGCUGGACGCGCCGGUCUUCAUCACUUUUUUCCAGUGUGUUGUUAGCGUUAUAUUGUGUUGGAUCUUGCACUUUCUCUCUAAGUUAUGUCCUGGAUUCGUGGAUUUCCCGUCUUUGAAAUUCAACUUGAGAGUGUCCAGAGAGAUCAUGCCGCUGACCGUCGUGUUUAUCUGCAUGAUCACAUUCAACAACUUGUGCCUGAAGUACGUGGGAGUUGCCUUCUACACCGUUGGCCGGUCGCUCACCACCGUGUUUAACGUGGUUCUAUCCUACGCGGUUCUGAAGCAGACCACGUCCUUCUACGCGGUGCUGAGUUGCGGAGUCAUUCUCGGUGGAUUCUGGCUGGGUGUGGACCAAGAAUCUAUUGCAGGUUCCCUUUCUUGGACCGGUGUCUUUUUCGGCGUAAUUGCUAGUCUUUGUGUAUCUCUCAAUGCCAUCUACACAAAAAAAGUGAUGCCGGUGGUAGAUGGAAAUAUCUGGAAGCUCUCCUACUACAACAACCUCAAUGCCAGUGUACUUUUCAUUCCACUUAUUGUCAUUUUAGGCGAACUGAAAAGCGUGUUGGAGUUUAACCGACUGACACACUUACAUUUUUGGGGCAUGAUGAUUGUGGGUGGAGUCUUUGGCUUUGCCAUCGGUUACGUGACCGGACUUCAGAUCAAAUGCACGAGUCCAUUGACACACAAUGUGUCUGGCACAGCCAAAUCCUGCGCACAGACCGUGCUGGCAGUCAUCUACUCUGCCUCCAGUAAGAGUAAGCUCUGGUGGACAAGCAAUAUGAUGGUGCUGGUGGGAUCCUUCGCCUACACCUGGGUCAGAGGAGUCGAGAUGAAGAAAGUUCAAGUGCCUCCGGAAACACAAGCCACAAACACUCUGAAAACUAAAGAGGGUUUAGCGGUGUGAAAGUAAAUUUUAGAAUAAAUAGAGACUGAUUAGCAGGUCUAUAUAUAGGCUACAUGUGUAUAUUUAUAUGAACAUUUGAAUGUUUGAUGUAUAUACAUGUAUUUUCUAGUGUAAAUGAUCAUUAUUAAAACCCGUUUUUAAGG